AUAUGAUAUCCACCUGGCAUUUGAUUUUCUUUCUUUUAAGGCAAUGGAUGCCGCUCACGGCGCCAAUCCACUAUUUUGAGGGGAACUAGGGUUUUAGCCCAUUUUCAAUACCAAAUUAUCACUUUCUCAGUCUCAGAGACACCGAGACGAAAGCUCAAGAAAAUUCAAGGCGCUUUCUACCUUGUUAUUUGAGGAUACUUGUGCGGCUUCAGUAAAAACCAAAAUGCAGGCGUAUAGUGGUGCUGCUUUGAAUGGUUCUUUGCAACAGCUCAUUUGGGCCAAGACUUUGCCAUUUCCUUCACAAGGGUCUGGUAUGAGCAGAUUCCCAAAUCAGAUUAAAUUAAAAUACAUGAAGCCAUGUAGAUCCUCCUACAUUGAAGGAAGUUUGGUUACUGGGAAGCGAUCAUCUUCUGUAUCUGUUCCUGUACCUGAAAUUGGAGGUAAUGGAAGUAGCUUUGUAGACUAUGAGCUUAGUGAAGCAGAUCCUGAGGUGCGUGAAAUUAUCAAUAAAGAGAAAGAGAGGCAGUUCAAGAGCCUUGAACUUAUUGCUUCAGAGAAUUUUACAUCCCGGGCAGUGAUGGAAGCAGUUGGUUCAUGCCUGACAAACAAAUAUUCUGAAGGGUUGCCUGGUAAAAGAUAUUAUGGUGGUAAUGAGCACAUCGAUGAGCUUGAAACCCUUUGUCAGAAAAGGGCUUUGGCAGCAUUUCAUUUGGAUGAAAAGAAGUGGGGUGUUAAUGUUCAGCCAUUGUCAGGUUCUCCUGCGAAUUUUGAGGUUUACACUGCAAUUCUAAAGCCACAUGAUCGAAUAAUGGGUUUGGACUUACCUCAUGGUGGACAUUUGUCUCAUGGGUUCAUGACUCCUAAAAGGCGGGUUUCUGGCACUUCAAUUUAUUUUGAAUCUAUGCCUUAUCGACUUGAUGAGUCCACAGGACUUGUUGAUUAUGAUAUGCUUGAGAAAACGGCUAUUCUCUUUCGACCAAAACUAAUUAUUGCUGGUGCUAGUGCAUAUCCUCGAGAUUUUGAUUAUCCUCGCAUGAGGGAGAUUGCUGAUGCAGUUGGAGCUUUUCUUAUGAUGGAUAUGGCUCAUAUAAGUGGGCUUGUUGCUGCUUCUGUUGUCGCUGACCCCUUUGAGUAUUGUGAUAUUGUGACAACAACAACACACAAGUCCCUGAGAGGUCCAAGAGGUGGUAUGAUUUUCUUUAGAAAGGAUCCCAUUCUUGGAGUGGAUCUAGAGUCUGCCAUCAAUAAUGCUGUUUUUCCAGGUUUACAGGGUGGCCCUCAUAACCAUACAAUUGGGGGCCUUGCAGUUUGCUUGAAGCAUGCACAGUCUCCUCAGUUCAAAGCUUACCAGGAAAAGGUGGUCUCUAAUUGCAGAGCUCUUGCAAGCCGAUUGAUUGAAUUAGGCUACAAGUUGGUUUCAGGCGGAAGUGACAAUCACCUGGUUCUUGUAGAUCUGAGGCCAAUGGGUAUCGAUGGGGCUCGGGCCGAGAAAAUUCUUGACAUGGCUUCAAUCACCCUCAACAAAAAUUCAGUGCCACGUGAUAAGAGUGCCCUAGUCCCCGGUGGCAUUCGCAUAGGAUCACCUGCAAUGACUACCAGAGGAUUUACGGAGAAAGAAUUCAUAGCAGUUGCUGACUUUAUUCAUGAGGGUGUGCAAAUAACCCUUGAAGCUAAAAAUUUGGUUAAAGGAUCAAAGCUCCAAGAUUUCAUGAAAUUCGUAACAUCAUCGGAUUUCUCCUUGAUGAAGAAGGUGUCGGAUCUUCGUAGCAGAGUUGAAGCUCUUACAGCACAGUUUCCGAUUCCUGGAGUAUAAACAGUUUACAAUCUUUUGAUAUUUUCUAAUAACAAGAAGAUUGGAGAAAUUUUUAUAAUAGCGAAACAUUGCGAUGAAAAGUUCUUGAAUGGUGUGGUCAAAUGUUGAUGUUUUGGCCUUUUUGGUGUAUACUAAUAAAUUGGUUAAUGCUUUAGCUUUAUAGUUCAUAUUACUUUCCGCUGGGCAGAGGGAUUUUGCA